AAAGUGAAGAACAUCUGCUCUAUAGAGAUUUUAAAUGGCAACUUCAAGUUAGGCGGCAGAGGAAAAACAGUGGAGAUUGACGAGUCAAUGUUUGGCAACAAGCAAAAGUACAACCGUGGACGUGUUUCUGAGGGCCAGCGGGUGUUUGUAAUGGUAGAGCGAGAUACUGGAAGAAGUCUAGUUUUUCGCGUUCCAGAUCGCCAACGAGAGACCUUAGUAACCAGACUAAUACGCGAGUUCGUUGAACCUAGUACCGUGAUCGUUUCUGACAAGUUCUCGCCAUACUUUAACUUGAACGAUGUAGGCUACAUCCACCUGAUGGUCAACCACUCGGAAAACUUUGUCGACCCUUACACUGGAGCACACAGCAACACCAUAGAAGGCCUCUAGAGUCAAGUAAAACGGAAGCUGAAGACAAUGAAUGA